AUGGUGUGUUUGCUAUCUUUGGUUCCCUUUAAAAAUUUUACUUCAUUUGCAAUUACAGGUAAGACUUAUCUAAGCGAUGUGAUUGUUGGAUGUGCUAUGAUGAUUUUGUCCUUCGCAUGCCUUUGGGCAUACUCAGUCAUUCUGAGGGUAAGCUUCAUUUCAGCAAACUUUAAUACAAUUCUACCUUCACCUCGCUCACUUUCUUGUUGUUUAGACAAUCUGGAAAGAUGGCGAAAUGCUCAAGAUGGUUUCAUACAAAUUGAUGUUCUUGUUGGGAAUCUUCGAUGUAAUUCAGUGUUUUCCUCAUUUUAUUACCGGAAUAUUCACAGUUUGCCCCUCGAUCUACAGCCCUGGUCUUGCGAAGGUAAUGUGUAA